UUUGGCUACGACAGGAAAAUGAAAGUAUUUCACAGUAUUUGAACUUCUUAACGAAGAAUCCACCACGCUUUGCGAUGAAUUUUCUCCGCAGCUUACACGAACGGCGAAUAAUUCAGUCGUAUUCCCCAAAGCCCAGGAAUGUAAGAAUAGACUUUGUCAUUCAAGCAUUGAAAUGCCACAAAGAUGACCAACACUACGUAAAAGGUUUAGAUUCGGAGAGAGAUGUACCACCAUUUGCUUGCAGUUUCAAUCAAUCUCUUGUGUAUGGUCAUAUGUUAUCAGUUGCUGAUGAAGAAGGUGGUGUGUGUCUGUAUGAUACAAGAAAACAUGGUCCUUCGGCCAGACUUAAAGGUUGGGUUGCCCACAGCAAUGCAAUAUUUGAUGUUGCUUGGGUUGGCAAUGAAGCCAAACUAGUGACUGCAUCAGGUGAUCAAACAGCCCAAUUGUGGGAUAUUCAUGGAAAUGCAAGACUUGGAAUUUUUAAAGGACACAGUUGCAGCUUAAAAGCUGUUGAUUUUCAGUGCCAUAAUCAAUCUGUAUUUGCCACUGGUGCUAGAGAUGGAAAUGUUAUGGUUUGGGACAUGCGUUGCAACAAACGUUGUGGUUAUCACAAACCUGUCAACACAAUACAUAACUGUCACACCAUAUCUUCAACAGUGAGUGGUACACCUCCAAGGAUUAGGCGACGUGGCAGACGACCUUCUAGUGUUGUAAAACCAGAUUCACAACAAAGUGUGACAUCUGUCAUAUUUCAAGAUUACAACACACUCAUCUCAGCUGGGGCAAUGGAUGGAACUGUUAAAGUUUGGGAUUUAAGAAAGAACUAUUCAAAUCUAGAAAAGGCUCCAUUACCUUGUCAAGCCUUUCCUUGCCCACAAAAAAGCCAUCGAAAACAUGGCUUUUCAUCAUUAACAUUGGACUCAACAAAGUCAAGACUUUUUGCUAACUGCACCAAUGAUGUAAUCUACAUGUAUGAUGUUACAUUUCAAAAAGAGCCCUUAGCAAAAUUCAGAGGCCACAGUAAUGUGACAUUUUAUGUCAAGUCUUCAGUGAGUCCAGAUGAUCAAUAUCUUUUAAGUGGCUCAGGUGAUUAUGAUGGAUAUAUAUGGAAGAUUGAUGAUCCUCAAGCUGCACCAUUCCACUUAUUGGGUCACACAAAUGAAGUCACCAGCGUGGCAUGGUGCCCUGGAAACCAAAGCAAGGUUGUAACUUGCUCAGAUGACACAAGUUUUUACAUAUGGAACGUCAACUAUGCUGAAAGAAAAAAUGGGAAUUUUGUAGGAUGGUGUGAACAAGUUUCACCAUCAGAAACUGAAGAUGGUAUACCCGGAAGCAGUGAUAGUGGUUCCCCUGUUUCAUCAAAAAAUAACUCAACAAGCACAUUAACAUCACUUUCUCUCCCAUCACCAACAACAACCAAAUGCAGUAGUCCACAACAGCUGCUCUAUAAGUGGUUACAGACAAGUGAAGUUACAGUCCCAAACAGAGUGACCAAAUCAAGCUCAAUUGUUGAGCAGAUGAAUAGUGUUCAUUCAAAUGGUAAUAAACGAUCAAGGGAAGUUGACAAUGAUCUGACUUUAAGUAAGCAUGUCUGCAUGUGGGAUGAAGUUGAGAAAAUUGGAAAAAGUGCAUCAAAUGAUCCAAAAACAUCAAACAGCGUUUCCAGCAAAAUUGAAACACAAGUAGAAAAAGCUGAGUCAGACAUUAUGGAUAAAGAGAAUAAAGUUCCCAAUGCAAACAUCAUAGUAGGGAGUCAGCCUUUGAAAGAAACCAAGAUGGAGACCUCUUUACCACUACCGGUACAUAGAAACAUUGGUUCAUGUUUAUCAUCAACAAGUGGCCUGUUAAACUCAAUUUCACAAAUGAGCCCAACAAACAGUCUUUUAAAAGAAACAACAGUUGCAUCAGAAAAAAAGAAGUUCACACAUCCAAUAAGAAAAUCCAACUGGUUACGAGAUAUGGGGGUUAAAAAGAAAAGUGUGAAAACAAGAAACGUUGUGCCAUCAAAGUUGGAAAAUAUUUCAACCAAUGUAGAUAGGGUUGCUGUUUUGACGAAUACCAGAUCAAUCACAAACUAUUUUACUCCAAUGAAUCAUAAUUCAUCAAAUUAA